AUGGAGGACGUGAAGGAUUUGAAACCCUCAUUCUUGAGCUCUGACGGGAGUCUGGCUGUUCAUGCUGGAGAAAGAUUAGGGCGUGAUAUAGCCACGAGUUCGAUCACGACCCCUGUAGUCAACACAACUACUUACUUCUACAAGAAAACUUCCGAGCUUAUCGACUCCAAGGAGAAACGGAUUGUAUGUCACGAAUAUACUCGUUAUGGAAGCCCAACAACUAUGGUACUCGAAGAGAAAAUUAGUGCGCUUGAAGGAGCUGAAUCAACUUUGGUUAUGGCAUCUGGGAUGUGUGCAAGUAGUGUUGUGCUUUUGGCAUUGGUUCCUGCUGGUGGACAUAUUGUGACAACUACAGAUUGUUACAAGGAGACAAGGAUGUUCAUGGAGACUUUUCUUCCCAAAUUGGGAAUCACUGUGACUCUGAUUGACUCUGCUGAUAUCGCGGGACUCGAAGCUGUAGUGAACAAUCAUGCGGUUUCUAUGUUCUUCACCGAGUCUCCAACAAACCCGUUUCUUCGAUGUGUGGACAUUGAGUUAGUCUCAGAAAUAUGUCACAAAAGAGGAACGCUUGUUUGCAUAGAUGGUACCAUUGCAACACCAUUGAAUCAAAAGGCACUUGCUCUCGGUGCUGAUCUCGUUCUCCACUCUGCUACUAAAUACAUUGGAGGACACAACGACGUUCUUGCUGGAUGCAUAUCUGGUUCAGUGAAGUUGGUUUCCGAGAUUCGUAUUUUGCAUAAUCUUUUGGGAGGCACGCUUAAUCCGAACGCUGCGUACUUACUCAUCAGAAGCAUGAAGACGAUGCAUCUUCGUGUGAAACAACAAAACUCAACCGCUUUGAGAAUGGCCCAUGUCUUAAAAUCACAUCCCAAGGUGAGUCGUGUUUACUAUCCGGGCCUUCCGAGCCAUCCCGAGCAUCACAUAGCUAAGCGACAAAUGACUGGUUUUGGUGGUCUGGUCACUUUCGAGAUUAAUGGAGAUCUCGAGACUACGUUCAAGUUCGUCGAUUCUCUUAAGAUCCCUUACAUUGCAACAUCUUUUGGUGGAUGCGAGAGCUUCGUGGACCAACCAGCCGCAAGGAACUGGGAUAUGCCACAAGAAGAGAGGCUCAAAUAUGGACUCAAAGACAACUUAAUACGCUUCAGUUUUGGUGUUGAGGACUUUGAGGACUUGAAGGCUGACAUUCUUCAGGCUCUUGAAACCAUACCCGCCAAAACGUCAUCGUUUCCCCACGAGAACGGUGCGGUUUCGACUUACAACUAG